GUUUUAUUUAUAAAUGAGUGGUGCACAUUUAUUUCAUUUUAUUUCAUUUAUCUCAUUUUAUAUUUUUUAUUAUGCCAUUAUUCUCAAGUUACCCUUCUUUUCUUCCUUAUUUUAAUGAACUUCAUGAUAAUAAAUCUUUAGAGAAGCUAAUUGAAGAACUCGGACAGAAAGAUAAUACUGAUAAACCGGAAAGUUUACCAGAUAAAAAGAGUCAUCCUUUUAUGGACGCCUUUCAUAAAAUGGCUAACAUGACUUUGACUGAUAAUGGUGCUGUAACAAAUCUUAGUACGCAUAAUCCUAUUCUUGAUUUAUAUUAUAAAAUUUCAUCUUCUUCACCUUCGACAUUAAAAACUAUGUUGCAAGAGGCUUGGGAUACAGAUCCACUAACCACUAUGCAUAUCAUCUUCUAUACCCGUUCAAUACAUCGUGGCAAGUCUCUUACAUCACCUUUUUUUUAUGCUUAUUGUUGGUUGUUAAUUCAUCAUCCUCGUACUGCCUUAGCUAAUUUGCAUAUUUUGAUUGACGGAACAAUUCGAACAGAUGCUAAACUACAAGCAAAGAAAAAUGAAGAAAGAAAACAAAAACAAGCAAAAGCUGAGGGCUGGGACAUUUUGGACGAUGCUGAAGUAACAGAAGAAACGGAUGAAGUGUUGCUACCUCGUCGAGAUUUUAAGACACAUGGAUAUUGGAAAGACCUUUGUACAUUGUUAACCAUUUAUUGUCAAGAUGAACUAGAAGGCCCCUCAAAGGAUAACGAUUUUCAAUAUCUUGCUCUUCAUUGGCCACGUAUAUCUCCUAAUAUAGAAGCUCGUAAAGCUAAACGCGCCGCUAAGCGCUCAAAAAAUGAAGCUGAUGGAACGGAAUCUAUAAAAGACAUGGAGGAAAAUAAAAAAAAAUGUGUUGAAUAUAACAAGAUACAACAGGAACUUGCAAGUACAGCUCGAUUAAACAAGCGUGUUUUACGAAAUAAAAAAGUGUGUGACCUUUUAGAAAACGACAAAACUUAUCGUGCACUACAUUUCACUAUAGCAAAAUUAUUUGCAGAUCAAAUGAAACAAGAUAUGGCACAGAUAGAGAUGAACAAAAUUUCUAUAGCGCUAAAUAAAUCAGGUAGUCAAAAUCGUUAUGCUCUGAGCAAUAAUGUAAGUUUGGCUGGUAAGUGGGCUCCCACACUCUGUGCCUCCCAUGAUAAACAUACCUUCUUGGCCACUUCUAUUGCCGAAUUACUCUUUCCUCCUGAAGAGUAUCAAGAAAAAGACGAAAGUCGAGUGCGGUAUUUGAACAAAGUGAGAGAUCUCUAUCGAAAAGAAUAUUUGACUCCUCUCCGCAAGGUAUUGGAUUUGACUGAGCACUAUAUGGAGCCUGGUAAAUGGGAUGCUGUUGAUUUCCGUCAUAUUCCUGCUGUCUGUCUUCAGAAUAAUAUAGGUCUCUUUUUCAAACACUCCCCAGAUACUGUUAUCAACUAUAUGAAUGAAGUAGCUAACGGUAAGAGGAAAGUAAGUGGCGCAACUCUUGGCCCUCAUCAACUUGUAUACCAAAUUUAUGAGAAUAGAAUUAACAAGAGACUUGAUGAAGCCCUUCAGAAUAUACCAGAAGCUCUUGAAAAAUUCAAAAAUGCCAAUAAAAAUCUCAUUAAUGGGCAAUGGAAUACUUUAAUUGAGUCAAUUCAAAAAAUUGAUCUUAGUGAAUGCCUGGUCAUUUGUGAUACCUCUGGGUCUAUGUUUGCAUAUGUAUGCCCUGAUAAACCUGAAGAGAGGCCUAUUUAUGCCGCCAUUGGUCUCUCACUCGUUGUCUCCAAUCUUGCCAAGCCACCCUUCAAUGGUGCAAUGAUUACUUUUUCAGAUAAUCCAUCCCUUUUUGAAAUUGAUAUCAGCAGACCUUUUGAUGAACAAGUGGCGGCAGUUUUUGAACAUUCAAGCGGCCUCAAUACUGAUAUAUGCAAGGUCUUUACUGAUGUUCUUUUACCAAUGGCCAAGAAGUACAAUUUAGCUCCCAAAGACAUGGUAAAACACCUAUUUGUCUUUUCAGAUAUGGAGUUCGAUGCUGCUCACAAUGGUGUGGAUACCUAUAUGACUACACAAGAGUUUAUUCACAAGCAAUAUAAAGAUGCUGGCUAUGAAGUCCCUGAGGUCAUUUGGUGGAAUUUGAGCGGUAUUAAUGGACUGAGUACUACAACAAGGACAAUUACACCGGUAACACAGGAUGAUACUGGCGUUUCUUUACUUUCUGGAUUUUCAGCAUCUAUGUUAAAAACGUUUCUUGAUGGUGACAUCAACAUUGAGGAUGAAGAAAGCGAAAAGAAUGAUAAUCCUGAGGAGCAAGAGGAAGGUGAAAAAAAUAAACAAGAAGAAGAUCCCAAGAAAGAAACACCUUUAGACUUUGUUAUGAAAGCUGUUUAUCAUGAAAGUUUUAAUGGAAUAGUUGUUGUAGAUUAAAUGUAUAUAAUUGUAUAUUUUAUGUCUUUUGUUAUUUUAUUUUAUUUUUUUAAUUUGGAAUAAAAUAUGAUUUUCUAAAGAGGUUUAUUUAAACAGUUAA